AUGAACCUCUGCUCCCCGCCGCAGGCCAGCGGGCGGCCGUGGACCCCAUCCCAGGGCCGGAUCAUCGCCCAAUGGGGCAUGCGGCUGCCCCCAAUCGUCCGGUGCAGGCCGCCGAUGGCGCUCCCGCGCGGCCUGGCGUCCAGCCUGGAUUUCGCCAAGGUGAAGACGGAGGACGAGUUCCUGGCGACGCUCAGCGGCGCGGAGGCGGCGGGGGUGCUGCCCGGCGAUGUGGCGCGCAUCUGGCGGGACUUCUACUUCAGCUACAAGGAGGCGGUGCUGGGGUCGGGGCGCCCGGAGGCCACAGAGGCGCUGGUGGUGGAGGUGCAGGCCAGCAUCGCGGAGCGCGUGCUGGUGGACAUGGCGGACCCCUACACCUUCCCUUCCUACCACGAGAGGGUCCUGGCGCCGUACAAUUACUUCGAGUUCGGCCAGCGCUACGCGGGCGCGCUGAUCGACUUUCAGAAUUCGGUGGUGGGCCACCUCGAGCGGUGGGACGGCGUUGAGGCCCAGAUCGAGGCGGGGCACAACGUCGUGCUGCUGGCCAACCACCAAACGGAGGCGGAUCCGGCGGUGUUCGCUCACAUGCUGGGCGCCACCCACCCGCGCCUGGCCCAGGACGUGAUCUACGUCGCUGGGGACAGGGUCGUGACGGACGCCAUGUGCAAGCCCUUCUCCAUGGGCCGCAACCUCUUCUGCGUGCACUCCAAGAAGCACAUGGAUGACGUGCCCGAGCUCAGGGAGGAGAAGAUGGCCAACAACAGGCGCACGCUGGCCGUGAUGGCCCGGAAGAUGAACGCCGGCGGGCUGCUGAUGUGGAUCGCCCCCUCGGGGGGCAGGGACCGGCCGGACGACGCGGGGGCCUGGCGCCCGGCGCCGUUCGACGCCGCGUCCGUGGAGAUCUGCAGGAAGCUGGCCACGCGGUCAAAGGCCCCCGGGCACCUGUACCCGAUGGCUAUGCUCAGCUGGGGCAUGAUGCCGCCGCCCAAGACGACCAGCAAGGCGCUGGGCGAGCGCAGGAUCACGAACUACUCCGGAGUGGGGGUGUCGCUGUGCGAGGAGCUCGAGCUGGGGGAUACCGCGGGGCAGAACGGGAGCGCGGAGGGGCUGGCGGGCCUGGCGGAGGCCCGGGUGGUCGAGGAGUACAACAGGCUGGUCGCGGCGGUGGGGGACCCCAGGGCCAGGGGGACCAUGCCCGAGUGUGUGCAGCCCUGGCUCAGGACCGCUGUGGGCGUCUGA